GCUACCAGAACCACUACCAGAACCGCUACCGCUACCAGAAACACUACCACUACAACCACUACCACUACCGGAUCCGCUACCACUACUAGAACCACUACCACUACCGCUACCAGAACCGCUACCGCUACCAGAACCACU